UCACCAGAUGGCGGUAGUGAGCACUCUGGCCAUUCUGAGUUGAUAGAAAAAACACAAACAACCACAAGACAACCACAAAACCAAGAUGGCGGUGCAAGAGACAGCAUCUCAACUGUCCAUGGCUCUCAAAGUCCAAGAAUAUCCCACUCUGAAGGUCCCCUACGAGACUCUUAACAAACGUUUCCGGGCGGCUCAGAAAAACAUCGACCGGGAGACGAGUCACGUGACAAUGGUUGUCGCAGAGUUGGAGAAGACGCUGAGCAGCUUCCCAGUGGUCGACUCUGUGGUGUCGCUGCUGGAUGGUGUGGUGGAGAAACUCAGCGCCCUGAAGAGAAAGGCUGCCGAGUCUAUCCAAGCAGAAGAUGAGAGUGCCAAGCUGUGUAAGCGUCGCAUUGAGCACUUGAAAGAGCACAGCAGCGACCAGCCGGCCUCCGUCAACCUGUGGAAGAAGAAACGCAUGGACCGCAUGAUGGUGGAGCAUCUGCUGCGCUGCGGCUACUACAACACAGCUGUUAAACUGGCCAGACAGAGUGGUAUAGAGGAUCUGGUGAACAUUGAAAUGUUCCUCACAGCUAAAGAGGUGGAGGAGUCUCUGGAAAGGCAGGAGACAGCCACUUGCCUAGCGUGGUGCCAUGACAAUAAAUCCCGCCUCCGAAAGAUGAAGAGUUGUCUUGAGUUCAGUCUGAGAAUCCAGGAGUUCAUUGAGCUUAUCAGACAAAACAAACGUAUGGACGCAGUCAGACAUGCAAGGAAGCACUUCAGCCAAGCAGAAGGUGGACAGUUGGAUGAGGUUCGGCAGGUGAUGGGCAUGCUAGCCUUCCCUUCAGAUACACAUAUCUCUCCAUACAAGGAUCUUUUGGAUCCCGCCCGCUGGAAGAUGCUGAUCCAGCAGUUCCGAUAUGACAACUACAGACUGCACCAGCUGGGAAACAACUCUGUCUUCACUAUCACCCUACAGGCUGGUCUGUCUGCCAUCAAGACGCCUCAGUGCUACAAGGAGGAUGGUACCUCUAAGAACCCAGACUGCCCAGUGUGCAGUAAAUCCCUCAACAAGUUGGCCCAACCGCUACCCAUGGCCCACUGCGCCAACUCCAGAUUAGUCUGUAAGAUCUCUGGGGAGGUCAUGAAUGAAAACAACCCUCCAAUGAUGCUUCCUAAUGGAUAUGUCUACGGCUACAAUUCUCUUCUGUCCAUCCGCCAAGAUGACAAAGUGGUGUGUCCCAGAACCAAAGAAGUCUUCAACUUCUCUCAGGCUGAGAAGGUCUACAUCAUGUGAUCACUCAGAUGAACCUUUCUGAGCAUUAACACGAUCGAUUAUUCCCCGUCAUUCAUCAACUGUGACGAUUCCUACUCAGAAAGCCACCUGUGGACCUGUGAUCCAUUGACCCCUACACACACACACACACACUCUCAGACUUCGAUACAUGCAACAUUUCCCACAAACCACCCUCUUCUUUCAAUACACGAAACUCACACUCAGAAACUGGACUUUUCUCCUUUCAGACUCUGUUUUAGAUGAUAACAAGAAGUUGUUUAACCUGAUCCAUUUAGGCACAUGGACUAUGACCAUUGUCUUUAUUUUACAGGCUCACUCUGAACAUUAGAGACUACAGAAAAAGACUGAGGUGGUGAAAAACUGUUAGCUAGAUAUUUGAUUUUACUACAGCAAAUAAAAACUUGUUGAGGUUC